CAUGUAAUUAAUUGAAAGAAAACAAGUUUGGACACAUAAGUGUUAGUUCCAAAAUCUCUCUAUUUCCUUUUCUUAGUUUUUGCUUUCUAAUGGAAUCUGAUUCCAAAGCUAUAGAAAAAUAUUAACUGUCUCAUAAGCACCCUUAUAAUAUCCUCAAUGUUUCAUUAGAAAUCUUGCUUCAAUAUAUAGUCAAAAGUUGAGUUUUCCUCUAAAGAAAGGAAGAUGUUUGGCUCAAAUAAUGGUAGAACUGAUCAAAAUGAGAGUUCUGAAUAUGAUAGGAAAAGUGAAGUUCAAGCCUUUGAUGAUUCAAACGUUGGUGUAAAGGGACUUUUGGAUUCUGGUGUCACAAAGUUACCGCGCAUAUUCUUGCUCAACCAGCCUGUUAUUGAAUAGAAAUCAGAUUCUGAUGCAGCUACUAAGUUUACCCUUCCAGUCAUAGAUUUAGGAGGCUCGGGCAAAAGUGCAGCUCAACGAGCUGAUAUUGUCCGAGAAAUAAAGGAUGCUUGUGAAAACUGAAAACUGGGGAUUUUUCCAAAUUGUCAACCAUGAAAUCCCAUCAAGUGUUAUGGAGAAAGUAUUAGAAGGCGUUCGCCAUUUUCACGAGCAGGAUUCUGAGGUGAAGAAAGAGUUCUACUCUCGUGAUGAUACGAGAAAGUUCACCUACAAUACCAAUUUUGAUCUACACAAAGCAAAAACAGCUAACUGGAGAGUCACCUUUUACGGUGUCAUGGCUCCUAAUCCUCCUCAUCCCGAAGAAAUGCCAGAGGUUUGCAGCUGAUCACAAAAUCACAAACGAUAAGUUCAGAAGCGUUCUUCAUAGAGUGCUAGCGAAAAAUGUAGGACCAAGAAUUUCAGUGGCAAGUUUUUUCAGAAUGCAUUUUCAAGAAGGCAGUGAAUCAAGAUUAUAUGGUCCAAUCAAGGAGUUGUUAUCAGAGGAAAAUCCUCCAAUAUACCGAGAAACACGCAGAAAAGAGUAUGUCACUUAUCUAUACAACAAAGGGCUAGAUGGAACUUCUUUAUUGUCACAUUUCAACUUACAAAAAGAGUGACAGGAUUUGCUGCAGAAAUGUUUCAUCAUCUUCCUGGUGUUUUACUCAGUGUGCCUGUGGUUAUGUGCUCGCGAGUUCAAUUAAGUAUUCUUGU